AUGAUCAGCAGUGAAGUUUUGGAGGGAGUUCCUCUUCUUGUGCUGGCGAACAAACAGGACGUUGAGAACUGUCUGUCUGUGUCCGACAUUAAGACGGCUUUCAGCGACUGCGCUCCCAAAAUCGGUAAAAGAGACUGUCUGGUGCAGCCCUGCUGUGCUUUAUCAGGGUACGUCUGCCUCGUUUCACUCAUUUAUUAUUCAGUGGAAACCCUGCUGCGCUCAAGCACUCCAAAAAAACAUGACG